AUGCCUCCCCCGGGCCGCGCGGUGGCGCUGCGGCUCCGCCGAGGCCCGGGGUUCUCGGGCUCCGGGGAGCGCAGGCUUCUGGGGACCGUCAGAGCGGCGGCGGCGACGCGCGGGGCGGCCGUGGCUCUCCCACCUGUCACCCUGGCCCUUCUCUGCUUGGACGGCGUCUUCCUCUCCUCAGCCGAGAAUGACUUUGUGCACCGCAUCCAGGAGGAGCUGGGCCGCUUCCUGCUGCAGAAGCAGCUGUCAAAGGUCCUUCUCUUCCCCCCACUCUCCAGUCGCCAACGGUACCUGAUCCAUCGGACAGCAGAGAAUUUUGAUCUUUUGAGCAGCUUCUCUGUUGGGGAGGGCUGGAGGAGGAGGACGGUCAUCUGUCACCUGGACAUCAGGUUACCCAGUCCAGAUGGACUCUCCGGCCCCUGCCGCCCUCCUGCCUCCCACCCUAGCAAGUACCGAGGUCCUCGGCCCACCUCAAGCCAGGGAGCAACUGCUGGACCCCGAGGGGCACGGGCCGGCCGGUGGCAUCGUGGACGCAAGCCAGACCAGGCUUUGUAUGUGCCCCGGGUGCUGCGCAGGCAAGAAGAAUGGGCACUACCCCCUGCCCCAGGGCUCCAGGGAGAUGCUCCAGCUGGCGGGGUCCCAGAAGAGCCCGGAGAUAUCGGUGCUGGGGACCCCAGUCCUGAUCAGGAACUUCCUGUGUUGGUGACUCAGGCAGCAGAGGACCAAAAAGGCCCUGGCGAAAGUUGUGAGAAAGAGUCUCUGUUGGGCCCAGCGGCCACUGAGUCCCCGCCGGACCCAGCGGCCACUGAGUCCCCAGGGCCUGAGAAUCACUCAGGGACAGGAGACAGGUCGGAGUUGGCCACACAGCCUGGGCCUGGUCUGCAGCUGGACUUGAAAGAGGGGAAUGGGAGUGAGCUGGAGAGGAGCCUGGCAGCAGAGGAGGAAGAGGAAGAGGAAGAGGUGGAAGAGGAGGGGCUGGGCAGCUGCUCCGAGGAGGAGGACGAUUACAGUGAGCUGCUGCAGGAGAUAACGGACAACCUGACUGAGAAGGAGAUUCAGGUAGAGAAAAUCCAUGUGGACACGUCCUCCUUCGCAGAGGAACUGCCUGGGGAGAAGGAUUUUGCACACGUGGUGGAGAUCUACGACUUUGAGCCGGCGCUCAAGACCGAGGACCUGCUGGCAGCCUUUUCUGAGUUCCAAGAGAAGGGGUUUAAGAUCCAGUGGGUGGAUGACACGCACGCUCUCGGGGUCUUUCCCUGCCUGGCUUCAGCUGCUGAAGCCCUGACCAGGGAUUUCUCUGCAUUCAAGAUCCGACCCCUGACGCAGGGAACCAAGCAGUCCAAGCUGAAGGCCCUGCAGAGGCCAAAGCUCCUGCGUCUGGCGAAGGAGAGACCACAGACAAACACAGCCGUGGCCCGCAGGCUGGUGGCCCGGGCCCUGGGGCUCCAACACAGAAGGAAGGAGCGGCCUGCAGUAGAGCCUCCCACCGCCCUGAGGCCCUGAGCGGCCCAGCCGGCCUGAUCAGCGCCCCCCAACCCCCCGCCCCCAACUCAGCUUAGGUGCCAACUCCGCACGCCUUUACGCACAGCAGAGCCGCCCUGAGCCACCCUGGGAGCGCCACUGUGGGCCGUGGUGGGCUUUAGUUUGUUGCAGUUCCAGAA